AUGGUCCACGGAGACACUCGUGCCCGCACAGGGCUCACCACCUUCCUGCUUGCGAGCAGCGCGCUAGUAUGGGUUUCGGCCGUGAUCGUGAUGGGUAUCCUCGCCUACCUCGUCUCGCGCGGAUGGGGCGGAGACCACAUCAUUUAUGAACUUGUGAUUUCUGUCCUCACGACGGCGUUCUUCCCCUUGGCUUUCUUCCUCGUUAUCUCGCCAGGCUUCAUUCUCCUGUUCAACUUGAUCUUCUCGUACCUCUGGAUCGUCGCCGUCUCCUUCACCGCUUCCGACUGGAGCAAUAGUCACUCCGACCUGCUGCUCGCGGUUGAGGCCUUCAGUUUCAUUGCAUUGCCCGGCAGCUUCUUCCUCUUUUUCAAUAUUCUUUACGAUUGGCACUACGGUUUCUACCGGACUGGUGUUCAUUCGCGGGCCGUCGUCUAA